UCCUCCACUCACUCUGCUUUCAUUUAUCCCUCCAAGUGUCCGGACCAAAAACCCCAAAACGGCUACAUUCCCGAGGACUACUUACCUUUUUUUUCCCUCCCGUCUCGACGCUUUUCAGCCUCUAUUGAAUCCUCCCCACCAAAAGAAACAUUCCUACUUCCUGAUUUUAUCACUCAUCGUUUUUGUUGAACGUCCCUGGUGUCGAGACUUUGGUUGGACCUCUUUUUUUUUUAAUGCUCAUUCAAAAAUUCAAGUCAAGUGUUUUCCCUUGUUAAGUAGUCCUUAAAAAAACAAGACCCACACAAACAGGCGGUUUUUGGCCACCUUUUUUGGCAUCCUUUCCUCUUCCGUCCACGUGUAGUGUAAAGUUAAGUGUUAAAAUUGGUCAACAAUGGCAGGUUUGAACUCUCUGGAUGCUGUCAAGCGGAAGAUCCAGUGUUUGCAGCAGCAGGCGGACGACGCCGAGGACCGGGCUCAGGUCCUGCAGAGGGAGCUGGACAGCGAACGAGAGCUUCGGGAGAAAGCGGAGGGUGAUGUCGCGGCUCUGAACCGUCGCAUCCAGCUGGUGGAGGAGGAGUUGGACCGGGCCCAGGAGAGGCUGGCCACAGCGCUCCAGAAACUGGAGGAGGCUGAGAAGGCUGCAGAUGAGAGCGAGAGAGGAAUGAAGGUGAUCGAAACCCGAGCGAUGAAGGACGAGGAGAAGAUGGAGAUUCAGGAGAUGCAGCUGAAGGAGGCAAAGCACAUCGCCGAGGAGGCCGACCGCAAAUAUGAAGAGGUGGCUCGCAAGCUGGUGAUCCUGGAAUUAGAUCUGGAGCGAGCCGAGGAGAGGGCCGAGCUCUCAGAAUGUAAAGCCAGCGACCUGGAGGAGGAGCUGAAAAAUGUGACCAACAACCUGAAGUCCUUAGAAGCCCAAUCGGAGAAGUACUCAGAAAAGGAGGACAAGUACGAGGAGGAGAUCAAAAUUCUCACUGACAAACUGAAGGAGGCUGAAACUCGUGCAGAGUUUGCAGAGAGGACAGUGGCCAAACUGGAAAAGUCUAUUGAUGACCUGGAAGAAAAAUUGUCACAUGCCAAAGAGGAAAAUCUGGACAUGCAUCAAGUCCUGGACCAGACCUUGCAGGAACUAAACAGCUUAUAAACGCGUGCGCGCGCACACACACACACACACACACACACACACACACACACACACACACACACACACACACACACACACGGAUGAGAUGUAACAUUCCAUAAAUGUUCAACUCCAUUCCACAGCAUUCCUUGAGUAAGAGGGGAUUAACUUGAUGUCGCUUGAUGUUCUUUUCAUCAUCAUUAUUAUUAUAUACAGGUAUAUUUUUUUUAUAUAAGAUGCAGUUUUGGAAGUUAAACACACAGUUCUUCUGAAACUGCACAAAUUGCCUCCCAGCAAUUAAUUUUGACCACUUUAAAUAGAAACUUUUCAGUUUUGCAUUGCCCCCACCCCACUUCCCCUCCAUCCAGCCACACCUCCCAGUUGAGGAAGAAGCACAAAUGGAAGUUUACUUGUUUUUUUUUCUGCUCUCAAUGGCAUCAUGAAUAUGCAGCGACACCCAGUGGUGAAAUGCAGCUAGUGAACACAAGCGGCAACCUUGUGUCAGUCCAGUCCAACACAGCACCCAAUUGUGUUUCAGAAUGGGCAUUUUUUUUCCAUUAAGGUCUGGUACAAUACAGUUAAUUUAAACGUAUUACGUAUAUUGCCUAUGAGUUAAUUUUCCAUCAUUUAAAAAAUUUGACUUGUUUAAAAUUGCAAUAAUGUAGCCAAUAUUUAGAUUUUAUAUGCAAGUGUAACCCCUAAACCACUGGAAGCAUUGUCAAAUAAGAUCAGCCACGGAUCCUUACUGUAUAUAUAAUGUUAGGUGCAGUACAGCCUCUUUUUUUGUGUGUUAUUUUUAUCACUUCUUAAUGCCGGGGGAAACUUUCAAAACCAAAGAAAACUCACACCAUGCACAAUAAAUUGUCAACACCAUAUUUUUUUUUAAAUGUCAUCUCAUGCCAGCGCCAUUUAAAAUAGCCUCCAAUUGUGAUUACAUACAUAUUUGAAGUACUUCAUAAAUCCGAUCCAUGUCACCUAAUAAAUGUUAUACAAAAUGUU